AAGUAGAAAAGUUAUUAUUUUAUUUUAUUUCAUUUAUUAUAAUAUGAUUUAUGAAGUAUGAACCAUGCAAUGAUUAACUUCAAAUUAAAAUUAAUGUUGAAUACCCUGGCUAGUGAUUAAAUGUAUCCGCAAAUUUACAUAUUAAAUGUAUAGAUUUUAACUUUAUUGUUCUAUGGUCUUUCUCAAUUUAAUAAUUAAUAAUCAUAUUAAACUUCAACUAUUUACUAUUUAGUGAUAACUUCCAUUUUAUGUAUAGUUUUGUAUAUAUUAGCGAUUCGUUUGACAAUGUGCCAAUGUAUAUUAAAAAUUAAAUUUCAAUUAAAAUGAGAAAUAAAAAAUAAAAAAUAAUAAUGGACUUAGAAAUUGAAAAAUAUGUGAAAAAGCAAAUUCAACUCCAAGAACAAAUCAAAAAGUUGUUUGCUGAGAAUAAAAUGUUACAAGACCAAAUCUGUGUACUCAAUGAAUGUUUGUCAUUAGAAAAGGUAAAUCAAAAAAUUUCUGAUUUGGAGAAUAAACAAAAAAUAUUAACAUCAUUAGAAAGCAUGGUUAAUAAUUUAAGAACUGACAUUAAGCCAUUAGAGUAUUUAAAACAAGUUUUGCAAAGACAACUUAUGGUUUCAACUCUAACUACUAAUGAUUUAAAUAUUGAGGAGCAAAAAUGUUCUGAGAGUUCAUUGUUAACAUCAAAUAGUGUAUGUGGCAUUGAGACAUUGGAUUCUUCAAGUGAUAUUAGCUCAGAAGAAAGUAUCAUGAUUUUAUCUGAUUAUGAUGUGGUUUCGGAUGAUGAAAUUUUUUACAAUACAGAAAAACCUAUUGAGAACAAAGUUAUGUAUGAUGAAGCACUACUAAUGGCAUCUAGUGUGCAUUCAUCAUUGAUUGAACAUCUAAUUCCAAGUAUUGAUUCAAUUGAACCUUUUGUAAAUAAUAGUGAUAAAGUAAACGACAAUAAUUGUUGUCCACAAUCUAAUUCUAAAAACACAAUUUCAACGAUGAAUACAAGUAAUAAGAGUGAACAACUAUUAGAAUUAUAUGAUGUAGUCAACGAACUAGACCUUCUAAAUUACAAUGAAAAUGAAAACAUUGAAAUUAAAUGCGAUGAAAGAAAAACUGAAUCAAUACUUAAUAAAUCACACCAGUCAUGUAUAUAUGAUAAAGAAUUAAAUGAAACUGAAAAAAAACCAUUAGAUAAUAAGGAAUGUGAUAAUGUGUCAAAAUCAGUUAAUGAUUCUUGGGUGAAUAUUAGCACCAAUGAAUUUUCCAAUGAACAACUUGUUGAUAUUUUUUCAAUCACUGACUCACAAAAGGAUAAUACAGUGUCAAAAGUAAAUAUGGAUGUAGAUGAUUGUGGAAAAAAUAUUAGUGAAAUCAAGAAUUUUGACAAUAGUAAAAACAUUGAUUCUAAUUAUGAAAAUGAAAUAAAAAAAUCAAAUUGUUCGGUUAAAGAUAAAAUUGAAGUCAAUUCAUUACCUUUUAUUGAAGAUUCUAAUGCGCCUAAACAAUUAAAUGGGUUAAAAGAAAAUUUAAAUGUGGAAAUUCAAGAGCAGAAUGAGCAUUUAUGUAAUCACCAGUUUAAAUCAAAAGACAUUAGUGAAAUUAAAAAUCUUGAAACUGUUUGUAAUGAUAUUAAUUACAAGUAUGAACGUGAAAUUCAUAAUCCAGUAUACUCAAACAAUGUUCAACAAUAUGAAGAUAAAAUUAUUUCAUCAUUAUUAUCUAGCACUAAUGAUUCCAAUGUAUCACAACAAUUUAUUGAAAAAAAAAUAAACACAGUGGUAGAAAGUCAAGUAUGUAUACACCAGUUUGAAUCAAAAUGUAGUAAUGAAAUGAAGAGUUAUAAGAAUAUUUGCAAUGCUGUUAUUCAUUAUAAUGAAAAUGAAGUUAAUAAUUCAGUUUGUUCAAAUAAUAAAGUUGAAAUUAUAUCUUCGUUAUUAAAUACUGAAGGUUCUAAUACACCAAAAGAAUUAAAUAAUUUGUUUACCAAUAUUAAUGAUAAACUGUCUUCUGUUAAUAAUAAUGAAAAGCCUAUUCUUUUAUGUCACACAAUAGACCUGAAGGACGAAUUAUUAAAUGGUAUUAAUCAAUACGGCAUUCAGGAUCUGAUGCCCUUGCAACAGCAAUGCAUGUUUCAUUGUAUUAAUGGACGUGAUGUUAUUUUUCACUCAUACCCUUGUGUUGGGAAAUCAACCAUGUGUCUUAUUUCAGUGUUGCAAAGGAUUAACACUAGUUUAAAUGAAUGCCAAGCAAUUGUAUUAGUUCCAACAUUAGAAUUGGCAUUAUCUGCUCAAAAGACAAUGAAAUCAAUUGGGAAAUUUUUAAAUGUUACUACAUGUAUUGGUGGUACCAACGUUCCUCGUAAACUUUCACCAGUUCCUCAUGUAGUGAUCAGUACUUUGCAAGGUUUAUAUGAAAUGAUUAAUUGCAAAUCCCUGAGUAAAGAUUUUAUAAAAAUGCUUGUAAUUGAUGAUGCAGAAGACAUGUUAAAAUGCAAUGGUUUUUUAAAUAAAAUUAGAUAUGUUUUGUUAUUCCUUAACAAUAAUCGUCAAUUAAUUAUCAUGUCCACUUCAAAAAUAGAAGAAAUCUUAGAUCAGUUUUCUGACUUAAUGCAAAAUCCUGAGUAUAUAUUAGCACCAGAUGAAAAACCUUCAUUGAAUGAUAUAUUACACUAUUAUGUUUAUGUACCUGAAGAAUGGAAAUUUGAUGCGUUCUGUGAACUCUAUGAAGUACUCAAUUUAAUACAUACUGUUGUUUAUUGUAACACAUGGAGUAAGUCUUUGGAAGUAUCAGAAAAUAUGCGUCUUAAAACAUAUUUAGUAUCUGCAGUACAUAAUGAAAUGGAAACACAUCAGCGGCAUCUCUUAUUAGACCAGUUUCAAUCUGGUAUUAACAGAGUGUUAAUUACUCCUGAAUUACAGAGAGGCGUGGAUUUUUCAGACGUAUCUUGGAUUGUAAAUUAUGAUUUUCCUAAAAGUUCAAAAGACUAUGUGCGUAAAGUUGUUGGUUGUUUUAGCCGUAGAGUGAAGGUAAUUAAUUUCAUCACUACAAAUGACAAAACAGCUAAAGAAGCUAUUGAGACUGAUUUUAAUGUAAAUAUGCUUAAUUUGUCUCAGGUUACUGAUUUAUGUGUAUCUAAUUUGUAAUCUAUAAUAUAUUAAUGAUCAAAUAUUUAAUGUAAAAUAUCAAUAACUAUUAUUACUAUUUGGGGAUUAUAUUUUAAUUUGUUCAUUAUUUUAUUAUUAUUUAUAAUUAGUACAUAAUUACUAUAUUGUAUGGUUAUACAAAUGUUUUCUAUGCAAGGUCAGACAAAUUUGAGAUGAUGGAUAGGUGUACAUUGUAAUAUUGUGUUUACCCUAUUUAUUUUUGUUUUAUUUAACAUUUAUGGGUUAUUACACUUGUAAACAUUUAUUUUUGUGUAAUUAUUUUUUUAUUUUGAAUAUUCUGAAUUAUUUUUACCAACAUUCCCAAUUCUAACCAUGUUUUUAUUUAAAAAAUGAAUCAUAAGAUAAGAUUUAAUAGGGUUUUAUUUGUAGCAUAAAUGUUAAAGUUAUAUUUUAAUAAAUGUUUAAUUUGAUCAAAUUA